CUUCAAAGUUUGUUUUAGAUCUUGUGGUUCUACUACCAUUCAUGAUAGAAGCUGGUAGCUUAUUUCACUUAUUUCAUAUCCAAAGUCUUUGGUUCUUGAGUAGGUUAUAAUGAGUAGUGAAACAGUAAAAGGAGGCAAAGUUUCUAAGAUUACAUUGGCCUAUAGGAUUGGGUUGUUUACUCAGUAGGAAACUUAGCAGGUUUUAAAUCCAGGGGAGUGGAGGUAUUGUGUUUUGCUGGUACAGGUCUCUGUUGAAAGCACUCAGGGGUGCUGGGAGAUGGCUGUACUCUGUGCAAGCUGAAUGAUGGUUCUGGCCCUCUUCUCUAGAUGCUUGAGCUAGCAGGGAGGGAAUCUGUAAGAGGGCCAUACCAGCUCCAAGGCAUGUACUUUCUCUGGAUCACACACACUAAGGGCAUGAGGGGUCUUGGAAUUCCUCUGGCCUGUGCCUUUUUUGUGAUUAUGGGGGGAUAACAGUAACUGAUUUCCAUUAGCAUAGAGAUAAGGCAUUAACUUGCAUCUGGAGUAAUACUAGAAUGUGGCAAACGUUUCAUUUAUUAAAAAAUAAUUCACCACAUUUAAGUUCUGUCUCCAGUUUCUCUUAGGAAGUUAGGUAGUUUAUACUCUGGCCAAAAUAAGGAUUCACUGUUGGUAGUCUUGAGGUUGUAGUGAGGUAGUUUAACUGCUUUAGAACUUUGCGCUUGGAACAUUCUUCGCCAGCGAAGCAUGGGAACUGAAAGUGAGGAGCAUGGGUUCUUUAAUAUCUAUCACAUCAGAGAAUGACUGUUCCAGCACAGUAACCGCCUCCUAAUGGUAGCAACAAUUGCAGAGACAGAUGAGUCUGCAGAUUCAGAAGGUGUAAUUGAUUCUCAUAAACGUAGAGAAAUCCUUUCACGAAGACCCUCUUAUAGAAAAAUACUGAAUGAACUUUCCUCUGAUGUGCCUGGUGUUCCCAAGAUUGAAGAAGAAAAAUCAGAGGAAGAAGGAACGCCACCUAACAUCGCUACCAUGGCAGUACCGACUAGCAUAUAUCAGACUAGCACGGGGCAAUACAUUGCUAUAGCCCAAGGUGGAACAAUCCAGAUUUCUAACCCAGGAUCUGAUGGUGUUCAGGGACUACAGGCAUUAACAAUGACAAAUUCAGGAGCUCCUCCUCCAGGUGCUACAAUUGUACAGUAUGCAGCACAGUCAGCUGAUGGCACACAGCAGUUCUUUGUCCCAGGCAGCCAGGUUGUUGUGCAAGAUGAGGAAACUGAACUUGCCCCAAGUCACAUGGCUGCAGCCACUGGUGACAUGCCAACUUACCAGAUCCGAGCUCCUACUACUGCUUUGCCACAGGGAGUAGUGAUGGCUGCCUCACCAGGAAGUUUGCACAGUCCCCAGCAACUAGCAGAAGAAGCAACACGCAAACGAGAGCUGAGGCUAAUGAAAAACAGGGAAGCUGCCCGGGAGUGUCGCAGGAAGAAGAAAGAAUAUGUCAAAUGUCUUGAAAAUCGUGUGGCUGUGCUUGAAAACCAAAACAAGACUCUCAUUGAGGAACUCAAGGCCCUCAAAGAUCUUUAUUGCCAUAAAGCAGAGUAACUGUCUUUGACUUGGACCUUGUUUACUAUGAACUCUAAUCAAGGCAGGAGAUGCAGCAAUUCUACUAAUUGCCAUGUGGACUUGUGGAAGGGACACUUGUGACCCUUAAGAAUCCAGUUUGGCUUAGUGUUUGACAUUGAAUUGGGAACGCUGUUCCAAGAUUUGGAAUGCAGCCAUGAUCACAUUUAGCAAGCUUACUUCAGCCUGCUUGUCAAUAGCAUGCAAAAAAGUGUUUUGUUUCCCCCUUUGCUUCUACUUUUUUUCAGGGAAGCUGCUAAAGAAUGUCGACGUCGAAAGAAAGAAUAUGUAAAAUGUCUGGAGAGUCGAGUUGCAGUGCUGGAGGUUCAGAACAAGAAGCUCAUAGAGGAACUUGAAACUUUGAAAGACAUUUGCUCUCCCAAAACAGAUUAGUAGAAAUAUUUAACUAUGAACUGAUUACAACAUGUACAGUUGCUUUUGAAGGCAAUACAAUAUAUAGCCAGCAAGAAUUACGGCUUUUUUCCUUUGUAUCAUUCAUCAUAUUCUCUAACCUCUGACAUUCCUAAAAUGCCUCACUGUACGUAGUUAACUAUUAGCUAUAACUUCAAUUUUUUAAAGAGACAGCUGUAAAAAAUGUAUGUAACAAAUUCUUAAAAUGCAGUAUUUGUAAGACUUGUUCCAAUGCCACAUAUUUGCAGUUCCUAACCUCUGUGUCAUGAAUAGUGUCCUAUGCAAUAAAAUUUUUUUGCAGGUCUUUAAAAAUCAUUUUAGGAAAGGAUGAUCAAGAUAAUGCAUCCAGCAGUACAGUAAAAGCAAACCACAAACAAACAAAAAAAUACCUCAGGAAAGAAUUGAAAGAAAAAAUUGAAAGAAUCUAAUGAUAUGCCUAUAUGAAAAUAAUAGCCUAUAAAUGAAUUUAUGGCAUUUGCAGAUUUUUAUAUUACUUGCUUUGUAAAGAAAAUAUUGUAUUGCUGUCCUUGAAUGCCAUAGUUGAAGAGAGUUUUUAAUAGAACCAUGUUGGUUACA